CCACUGGGUCGAGAAAAGUGAGUUCCGUCUGGUUCUGUCUGGAAUUUAAAUUAUUUCUAACAAAAAAUGACGAUUCGACGAAUAAUUACGAUGUCUGGAACAAUACUACAAUACAAUCGUUCAGCUCCUAUAAUUAUUAAUAAUUUUCAACUAUUGAAUCAACCCAGAUUCACAACCAUAACAAGGCUGAAACACACAAAAGCACUGAGAAGUGAAAAGGAAAAAAUACGAACCUAUUUUGUACAAAGAUACAUUGAUUAUGUAAAGAAUUACACAAAAGUUCUUGAGACGAGAUUUCCAAAUGCAGUCAAAAUGUACAGAGUAUUUAGUGUUGGUAUCAAAGAUUUCUUAAGAGAUUUAAAAAUGUAUAUUACAUUGAGAAUAAAAGUUGCUAGGGAUCACGGUUUCUCGAAAAUGAGCCGACAAGAAAUUGAAUUGUACCAGAAGAUGCCAUCAGACAUGUUGAGAAUAGCACCUGUUUUGAUAUUGUCGGCUAUACCAUUUGGAAACUAUAUUAUUUUCCCUUUAGCGUUUUUAAAGCCAAGGACUUUGCUGUGUUCUCACUUUUGGUCGAUCCAGCAGAAAGUUGAAUUCUCCAGGCAAGAGUUAACAGAAAGACUACGUCACAAUAAGCCAGUAUUCAGGUCUUUACAGGCCCAAGUGGAAAUCAUCCCUGAUGGUGAUAUUAAAUUAAAAUGGAAAAGGGUGAUCGCUUCUCUUGGUUCUGGUGUUCAUCCGUCACCAAAAGAUGUGUUGGCUUGUAAAGACCUGUUCACGAAAGAGCCAUAUCAGUUGUCCAGUCUCAAUUAUGCUCAUUUAGGACAUCUACUGAAAAUGCAUGGCUUAAGAAAAUCAAUAUUCAGAACAAGCAAACUAAAGUAUCGAGCAUUCUUACUAUUAGAAAUGGACAAAGCCAUCAUUAGAGAAGGUGGUGUGAACAUUUUAAAUGCUGAGACUUUGAGAAACGCAUGUCACAUACGUGGAUUGAAUGGGAGCAAUCUCCCCAACCAGGACAUGAGGAAUUGGUUACAAAAUUGGCUGAGCGUUUCUGAAAAUAUUGAUAGGACAUCAUAUUCAUUAUUACUACAUUGUCCGAUUUUCUUUGCGUACAAUCAUCCACAGAAUUGGGUACUAAUUUAUUAAGGUUGCUAUUUGUUAAUGAAAAGUUGUUAAAAAGUGCCUAAUGUUUUUGUUGGUGAUGUUU